GCGGAAAUGUUGGAAUGGAAGUUUCAUCAUGAUUACAUUUUCAUCCCAAAAUGAUACAACCAUUUCAGAGUUGUUUAAAACUAGGAUGCUUCUAUUCUGCUGUUGGAAAAUGACUGACCACACUGAUCGGAAUAUGUUUUGUUAACAUGUCAAACUAAACACAUUUUUUAGGUUUGGCUGAAAUUCAGAGGGAUGACGUCACUGAUUUUUCUCUGUGGCAUCAGUUGUUUCCAAUGACAUGUUUCCUUCUUUGGUAACAAAUGGUAACAUCUGUUUGAGAAUGAGUAAACCUUGUAUUGGUAAGGCCUCAACAAUCCCCCACAUAAUCCAGGCUGUUGACGGGUUCAGGGUAUCUAUUUUUGGACAGGGCAGCGAGGCAUUCUUUGGGGAGGGGACUGCCUUCCCCAAUGACCCCCACAACUGAAGACUCAUUGGACCCCCCCAACCCCAGCCAUCCCCCACUGAGCUGCUCCACUUUUAACCCUGGCACCAGUGAGGUUGGCCUGUGUGGGCGGAUGUAUGUCACUGUUCGUCUGAACGCCGGUUGACUUUCCCCCUCUCUGAAGUGAGACAGCCAGUCCCGCAGUCAGCCGAGCAGCUGCUCAGUCUGCCAGUCAGUGAAGAAAGUGGACACUUGAAGAAUCAGAGCAAAAGCUUUCGACAGCAAGAUUUUCCUUUUAGGUGGAGGUGCCGGACUCCCCCAUUACUGGUGCCAAGAUGACUCGUGACUCUGAACAGAGUAUCUGCCAGGCGCGAGCCGCUGUCAUGGUGUACGACGAUGCCAAUAAGAAGUGGGUCCCAGCUGGGGGUUCCACUGGCUUCAGCAGAGUCCACAUCUACCACCACACAGGCAACAAUGCCUUCCGCGUGGUGGGACGCAAGAUCCAAGAUCAUCAGGUGGUGAUAAACUGUGCAAUCCCCAAGGGUCUGAAGUACAACCAGGCCACUCAGACCUUCCACCAGUGGCGUGACUCCAGACAGGUCUAUGGCCUCAACUUUGGCAGCAAGGAGGACGCCAACGUAUUUGCCAGCGCCAUGAUGCACGCCUUGGAGGUGCUCAACUCCCAGGACUCUGGCCCCACAUUGCCCAGACAAGGCCCCCAGGUUCAGAAUGGCCCCACACCAGAGGAGAUGGAGCUGCAGAGAAGGCAACUUCAGGAGCUGCAGAGGCAGAAGGAGAUGGAGCGAGAGCUUCAAGAGAGGGAGCGGCAGGAGCACGAGCACGAGCGCCUGGAGCGCGAGAUGCUGGAGCGCGAGCAGGAGCGCGAGCGUCAGGAGCGGGAGCAUCAGGAUAGGGAGGCGCAGGCGGAGAGGGAGCGACUCGAGCGUGAGCGCCAGGAGCAGCAAGAGCAAACCGAGCGUGAGCUGAUGGAGAGGGAGAAGGUGGAGAGAGAGCGGCUGGAGAGGGAGCAGCAGGAACAGUUGGACAGAGAGCAGCAGGACUGGGAGAGAGGGAGACGUGUCUCGAAUGCCGACGUGGUGCAGACCCCGGGUUUGACCACCCCCACUCCACCCCCACCACCACCACUGCCACCCAGCUCCACUGUGACCUCGGCAACCGCCACCCCCACAUCCCGGCCGCCCACCCUCCUCCUCCCCGCCCCUCCUCCUCCUCCUCCUCCUCCUCCUCCUCUCCCUCCCACGCUGACCCCAUGUGGGACACCCCCCCCACCACCAGGUCCUCCUCCUCCUCCCGGGGUCCCACCUCCUCCCCCAGCACCUCCUCUCCCCGCCGGGCUGUUUGCUCCCGCUGAGGACCGUCCCCUCUCAGGCCUGGCCUCCGCCCUCGCUGGAGCCAAGCUGCGCAAAGUGUCAAAGAGUGACGAUGCAGCGGCAUCUCUGGCAGCAGCCAUUUUGGGAGCUGGAGGGGCUGCAGGGGCCAAAUCUGAGGCCCGAGGCAAUGGCCCUCUGCCUGGAGGAGGAGGCCUUAUGGAGGAGAUGAGUGCCCUGUUGGCCAGGAGGAGAAGAAUUGCAGAGAAGGGCUCGUCACCUGAACCUGACCAGAGAUCAGAGGAGGGUGAAAUGAACACAACCCCUAAAGUGUCAGCCUGUAGCACACCAGACAUGCCCAGGAAGCCAUGGGAAAGAACAAACACCAUGAACGGUAGCAAAUCUCCAGUCAUUGGAAGACCUAAAUCCACUCCUACACCAACUGCAUCCUUAACUGCCAACGGUGUGCCAACAGAAGCUGUUGACUACGACAGAUUGAAACAGGACAUUCUGGAUGAGAUGAGGAAGGAGUUGUCGAAGCUAAAAGAAGAGCUCAUUGAUGCAAUCAGGGAGGAGCUGGGUAAGUCCAGCACGGCGUAGAGGAUCCAAAUUUGCUGUUCAGAACAUCUCCACCAACGUGACCCAAACACAGACAUCUAAAUGGUCGGUCGAAGGCGUGACGAAACAAACGACGGAGCACAACAGCGGCAAACGGUGGAGACGGCGAUGAUGAUGAAGAUGACGACAAUAAUCAUAUUAAUACUGACAGAGGACUUUAUCUGGGGUGGAGCGGCUUUGGACAGAAUGACAGUGGACAGGGUAGUGAUGGAAAAGGCUCGUAACGCUGACGUAGCGGCGACUCAUGGAAUCCAUUCUGCAAAGUCUUGUGUUCCCGCGGCCCCCGAUCCCCCCACCUCAUCCUGGGCUGUUCUGACAGAGAAGCGAAAGCCUUUAUGCAACGGCGCUUUCUCGCUCUUUCAGUUAUUAUAAAAAGAAACAACUAAUAAACACACAGCAAAAUAAAACCGAACUCUUCGAUGAUGCUGUAACAACUAUUGGCGCGUAAGUGAACGGCAACGUUGAUGCUCAGAAUCAGAACUCUUGUGAUUUACUAUCAAAAGGCACGUUUUAAUAUUAAGCGAUAGCAGGAAGGUGGGGAUGGAAAAUAAAAACUUUAUUUCCCAUAAUGCCAUAGGGGUAGCGUGCGUGUGUGCGUUUGGGUGUGUGUGAGUGAGUGUGUGUGUAUGGGGGACUUGACAGUCUCCGGUGAGGUCCACCACUGCAGGACACUGUAAAGCUCGUCUUCCUAAAAUACUAUUUUAACCUGAACAUGUACAAAAGAGAGAAAAAGUUAUUUAGAAAACCACGUAUCUAUCGACCAUGUCUGUCUCAGUGUAGAUCCACGGCCAUUUUGAGUAGCUCAAUAAUCCAGUCUUUAAAACAGGAUGCUCUCUCUCUCGUCUGUCUCUUCAUCUGUGAAGUCAUCGUCACACGUGUUGUUUCCCUCGUGAAGUGGGCGACAUUAGUGUGGAGACAUUUUACCGUCACGCUCAUUGACCAUGGACAGACGUGUAGGUAGAAAGGACUUCCUUCCUGUACGUUUUGAUUUGAAGACUCUCUCUCUUCCCCUUUCUUUGUCAGUCUCCGUCAUGUUCGUCACUCUUAGGCCCUCCGUUUGGUGCACGUACGCUCGUUUUUUUUUUUUUAUGAGGUGAGGGUCACAAGUCUGCCACGAAAUCGUAUUAACUGUCACAAGUUUUAUUACAAGCAAUAAGUGUAGCAUCUAUUGUAAAAGCCCGAGUCCCAACUCCACGAGACAUGUUUCAGUGUUUGUCCUUUCUGAGCCCUUUGCUGGCCACAUGUUACCGUGUGACACUAAGCCACUGCUUGUAUUACAGAUUUUCUGUGGAACUGAAGGCGACACUGUAAGAAAGGAUUUCAUGGAAUUUCUCAAUCUUCUACUCUCCUUUUUAUUUUGGAAAUUUUUCUUGCUAUAUAAAAUCCAAGGAUAUUGUACCUUUAGCCACAUUGGAGCUGAACUGUUUUUAUUUUACAACAUUUAUACAAGAAAAUACUUUUUAAAGGUGCACAGGUCAACCCAAAUGUGUAAGUGAUGGUGUCCAUAUGAGGACAUGAAUGUGCCAUUUACCCUUUCACCAGUGUUUACUGAUGUUUGUUUCAUCGUUUUGUCUUUGCCUUUUGUUUCCUGCCACUGUCAGAUCCUUAAAACAAGAAACUGUCUUUUCCCUCAACUUAUAACAUAUAUAUAUAUAUAAGGGAAGUGUCACUGUAUUCUAAAAAACACUUUGGUUUCAACAUUUUUGGUUCUGAGCUGAGUUUGUUGAGUACAAUCAACCUGAGUGGGUAAUGUUGGGAGCUGAGACUGGUGUUCAUAAACUGUAGCUGUUGCACCAAGCUUGUAUGUCAAAGUAGCAGAAAAAAGUCCACGUUAGUCACAAUUCUGUUCUCUCCUGAGCAGGGACAGCCGCACUAAUACAAUCAAACCUCAUGACUCGCUAACAGCCACUUUACAGUGGCGUCUGCAGGACACGCGUAAUAACAACCUUUUGACCUUCCAGAGGAUUCCUACGUGAUAUGAUAUCCUGAAAAGGUUUUAAAGUUAUGCUUUAAGAAAUUUAGCAACUACAGAGUUUAUUUUGUGAUAUUCUAAUUGUUACCAACAUCAAACUGAGGAGUUACAACGCAAUACAGAGUGUGUAUCAUCACUGUAGCUCAAUCUUAGUGUAACAUGUCUGGCCCCUUUACAAUAGUAAAAGUAUUAAGCCCCUUUUCUACAUGAGCUAACAUCUGGCUUUUGUCUGCAAUGGGAAUGGAUGCAAUUGGCUUUUACUUGCUGGUCAAAGGACUCUGCAGUAGACGCAGGUUUUAAUCGGCUCUGAUCGGCACUGAUGGAAGCAUGGCACCCGGGUGAACACGCUUAUUUGGCAAGACAGUGAGGUGAGAGAGCGCCUCAGUUGUCUGUGCCGUUGGAGAUGUUGAACCUAACGUAAAAGACAGAAAGGAAAACUCCUACUUGUAAUGGGAAAGGAGUCGGUCACCCUUUUGUAGCAGCUUCACCGCGUUUAAAAAACCUGUGUAUACCUGCUAAUUUUGGCAUAGAAUAAGUGUAGGUAGCUUUAAGGGGUUUAUGUAGAUGUGAUUUAGUUUCCAUAUUAGGUACAACUGCUUUGUCAUACCUAAUACCUUUGGGGUGGUGGGGCGGGUCGAAGGCACGGUACGAAGCAAUCAUGAAAACGCCAUUAGUCCCUAGACUGCUUGGUCCUACAGUUCCCAGAAUGCAACUUAAUAGUGUCUUUUCACGCCUGGUGAACACCCACGUCAAACUCCACAUCCCCAGUUUGCUCUGGUUUCUGAAGUCACCUAGCCUUCAACACUACAUUAUUUUUCAGUAGACAGAUUUUUGAUGGGUAACAUGACUCUUUGGAGAAUUGGCUUACGAGUUAUCAUAAUGCAUAGCUGUUAAACCUGGUAUCCGACCAAAAGGUUUGUUAAUCAGAGGCUGCCUGCUGAACUGUUCAAGGGCUUGGAUGUUACAGCUUUGUUAAAAAACUGAGAAAAAGCAUUUCCCCUCAGUUUCUGUCAUUUGCUCGGGUUUGGGUCAAAUUUGUUAAAAAAAAAAUACUGUGGUAAAAAAAUGCUUUCAAUUCCAGUUGAUGCGUACAGAUGCCUUCAUUCUUUGGUUUGACGGGAGGUUUUGGCAUCUGUUUGAACUGGUCUAUGUCAUCCUCCAACUCUCUGUCGAUGAAGCUGUGUCAUCUUUUCAUCCACCUUUUAAAAAAAAAAAAAAAAAUUAAAAAAAUGGAGACACACCCGGCCAAGAGGCUCCCUGUCCUGAGUGUUUACACAGCAUCGAUUGCACUUUACAAGAAAAAACCCGCAGAGCAAACCAACGUACUCUGACAACAGUUGCUUAAAGCCUCUGUCGCCAACAGUUGUGGCUAUCUCACCAAAGGAUUCAGACCGGCAGUCUCCUGCUAAACACGAUCACUCAACAAAGUCGCCUUUCUUAUUUUUGUAUCAUUUUGUCAAGAGAUCUGAAAGCAGAAAGAUGUCCAUCUCUAUAUUCAGUCCUUUGGACGCGAUGGCAGGUGAAAUGUUUUGAAGCUAUGUGGUCUGUGCCUUGCUCUAAAGUUGCAUUUAUAUGUUAAAGAUAUAAAGAUGAGUAGUAAUAAUAUCUAGGGACUGUAAUUAUGAUCACAUACGGUUAUUUUUUUGUUUCUCUUUCAUCAUUUGAUUCGAAGGGAGAGUUCAGUGACCAUGGUACUGUUCCUCACCAAGAAAACAUCUUUGCACCGAGAUCGUCUUCGUUUUUUUUUGUUGUUGUUUUUUUAACAUCAAUGUGGUUUCUUUCUAUACGGUUGUGAGGUUGCUUUUUCUUACAGCUCAGAAGUUCAAUCAAACCUUUUGUGGCUUGUUACAGUUCAAAGAUGAUCUUUGCUCUGAGAUGAUUUUUCUAAACCAAGUCCCGAUAAGUCUGGCUGCAGUGUUCUGUGUUCCCUCAUGCCAUGUAAAUGUCACAGAGACCGUUUGUGUUCAGCAGCUUAUAUGUCUUUUUUUCUUUUCUACCUACUUGGGAAUCUCUGAGAAAAUCUGUUAAGCCCUCUGCAGCGAGGUCUGCUCCAUGUUAAGGUCGCUGAUGGAAACAUGUAUCGUUGUCCGUUUUCUGCUGAAGGAGCUGAAAGGAUUGUGAAUUUGCAGGGGGGAAUAUUUGCAGAGAGGGAUUUGGGCUGAGGCAAGUUUGGUGGAUGGGUUUCCAGACUUAUUCUUUAAUCAUCUGCAUUGUACCAUACUGUUCUCACGUUAAUUAGUCUUUCUUACAUGCUAACAUAUUGUUUUGUUUGAGCAAAUAAAAUAAAAAUUGCAAUAUACGAA